UUUAGUCACGUGACUGUCAUUCUCCAGCUUGCGAAAGGGGUGGAAAGUUGAAUCUGUAAUUUCCCAUUAUAGAAAUUGCAUCUGAUCCAGUUCUUAUAUAACCUGCAAAAACAUCAGCUCAAAGACUCACAAAGAUGUCCUGUCCAACUGCCGGCCCAACUGUCCUUCUGAAUUCAGGAGCGCAGAUGCCGAUUCUAGGAUUGGGCACCUAUAAACUACGUAGUCAAGAUGAAGUCCUGACAGCUGUCGAUGCUGCUUUGGGGUGUGGUUACAGAUCCUUUGAUAGUGCCGCUGUGUACCAGAAUGAGUCGGAACUGGGAAAAGCUUUGAGGGAGUUGAUGCCAAAAUAUGGUUUAACCCGGGGCGACGUGUUUGUCACCAGUAAGCUGGAUCCCAAAGAUCAUGGGGAGAAGGCCCGGGAGGCUGUCCUGCACAGUCUGGACCUGCUGCAGCUGGACUACAUUGACCUUCUGCUCAUUCACUGGCCUGGCACACGAGGAAUGCCAGUCCAAGAUGAUCGAAACACUGGAAACAGAGCACAGAGUUGGAUCACUCUGGAGGAGCUGUAUGCUGAAGGGAAGCUGAAGAACAUUGGCGUUUCAAACUACACACCGACACACAUGAGACAGCUGGUGAAGGAUUGCAAAGUUCGGCCUGCAGUGCUGCAGGUUGAGUUCCACCCUCGACUCUGCCAGAAGGAGCUCAGGAGUGUGUGUGCAGAGCUGGGUGUGUGUUUUCAGGCCUAUUCCUCUCUGGGUAAAGGGGAGUUUAUCUCUGACCCUGUGGUCGCAGAGAUUGCGACCAAAUAUGGACGAACAUCUGCUCAGGUCCUGCUGCGAUGGGCUGUUCAGCAGGGAGUCCCAGUCCUCCCCAAGUCCUCGAACCCAGACAGAAUCAAGGAAAACGCUGCCAUCUUUGACUUCACUCUGGAUGACACUGACAUGGAUCGGCUGUCAGCUUUAGACUGUGGACAGAGAGUCUGCUGGGACCCCUCCGGGGUGGUCUGAAAAUGCCUGCUUACAAACAUGACCCUCCUUGCUCACCCUUCAGUCAGUCAGCAAUGGGCACAUUUUUAAGUGUGCUGUUUAAAUGUUAUUCCCCACUAUUUAUAACGGUAAAUUGCCAAUGAUACUGUCACCAGUAUUAUAUCUUCUUUGAUCAUAAUGAACGCUCUGCUAAGUAACGCUUUGAAAUUAAAGUGAAAUGAUGAAUGUUGAAAUCCACUGAA